AUGUUUAGACCUGUCUUGGAGGGAGAACCCGAAUACCUGAUCCAGGACCGAAAGGGAGAGCGGGGUCCGGAUUUGGUGAGCCGGGGAAAGCAGGGCCGUGGUAGCUAUGAGGCACAGGCGGUGGGGGCUGCAGAUGAUACUGGCCUCCUUGGGGCCCAGGAUGACCACCAUAAGGCGGGGGAUAUGACUCGGCGCCUAAUCCCGGUGGGCCAUGUGGAGCAGCAGAUACGGGCCCAGGAUGGAAAUGAUGCGGGCUUCGAGCUCUCAGAUGUGGCGGAGGAGUCGGCAGCGAAGGAUGAGGUUGAGGUAAGGGCCGUGGUGGCUGCGGGGGGUACGGAUGUGAUGAAGGAUAUGGCUGAUGAGGCGGGGGAUAGUGAUGGCCGUGAGGAGGUGGGUUCGGGUAAUGUGAUUGCGGUGGGGGUGGCCCGGGUGGGAAAUAGGGGCCGGCUGGAGGUGUGCCAUACGUUGGAGGACCCGGCGGUGUGGGUGCUGGAUGGUGUCCUGGAUACGCCUCCGGAGUCCCAUAUGAAUGACUGUACGCUGGCCCACCAUAAGGCGGUCCCGGAAUCACAACUCCAGGCGGAGGAACGGGCACAUGCGGAGGAUGAGGAUUGUAAUGGCCGUGGGGAGAUUGAACCACUGGGGGGUGCUCGCCACUGGCACCACCAUAGCUUGGAUAUGGUGGUCCAGGAGGAGGGGGAUGAUAUGCCCCAUACGGCACUGGGGGAGGCGGGGUUCCUGGGUAGGAAGCUGGAUGACCUGCAUAAGGCGUUGCAGGUGGCGGGCCAUACUUGCUGA